UGACAUUUUGGACGAGAAGAAAUUUGCACACUCGUUAUCACGAAUUUUCCAAAAUAACUGUGAUUUGUAGUGAUAAUUGUAAGGACUUAGAAGACAAUUAGAUAGAAUCAAAAUGAGUAACAUGAUGAGAAAUCUGUUUAACCAGCUGAAAAGCAAAGAAUUUAGACAAUAUUUGAUGAGUACACAUUUUUGGGGUCCAGUAGCUAAUUGGGGUAUACCUCUAGCAGCUAUAGCAGACUUAAAGAAAGACCCCACCUUUAUUAGUGGCAAGAUGACAGCUGCGUUAACCCUGUACUCGGUAAUGUUCAUGAGGUUCGCGUGGCGCGUGCAGCCGCGCAACCUGCUACUAUUGGCGUGCCACGUAACCAACACCGCCGCGCAGACCACGCAGGGAGGCCGCUUCAUCAAGUACCACUACCUGGACAAGUAGGGCCAUACUGCCUUAUGUAAUACGACGGACAAAUCAAUAGCUCAUUAGUUACGUUUCAGUAGAUUUGCCUCGGAAUUUACUACUUAACACAAACAUACAUACAUACAUACAUACAUACAUACAUACAUAAACUCACGGCCGUAAUCCCUAAUGGGGUGGGCAGGGCCACAAGUAAUCAAAGACAACUUGCAGCCACUGUUGAUACGAUUUCGUAAGCUGGAUAUGAUAUACCUUAUGGUGAUAAGGGAUCAGCCUAUCGCCCAUAACAUUAGUCCAUCAUGUUAGAGGACACAAUCCCUCUGUCGGUUUUUACGACAUGCCCGGGAAGACAAGCAGCUGAACGUGUUUUAUGAUUUUUACUACUUAACCGGAACAACAAACUCAAACUCUAUAGUAACCCUGACACCACGGUUGAUGAGGUUGGUACUCCACCUCACAACUCACACGAUAGAAGAAGACUUAACUGGUCAUGAGGAGCGGUAGUGGGUACCACGGAAUAGAAGAAAGAGGUUGGGAGGGCAAAGUGGGCGCGAAACAAGUAUGAGCAAAUAGUUCAUACUUCAACUUUGCACUCCAUUCGCCCGCAAACUUUACGACACACGGAGCUCCGCGAUAGUAUAUCAAAAGGUUGUCUUGUGCAUUUUAACCUGCAGGGAAAAAAAUCUAAUAUCGACUAUCGUGCAAGGAGAUCCCUGCUUAUCACAGGAAAGCUAGCCUUAGUAUGAUUGGCUAUUUAUCAAAAAAAUACUUUUGUAUGCAGUAUCUUACGAAAACUGAGGAUAAAAUUGCCGCCUAUCACAUAAAAUAUACAUUGCCGGUAAAGUGGCUGUGGAAUUUGAGAAGCUAUAGAGCUAUCGUAGUUAUCUGUUUGCAGGAGUAGUAGUAAAAGAGAGUGGGGUGGGGGGGCAACGGAAUCAGAAUCAUUUAUUCAACGUAAUUAUCAUGGAUAAACUUGUUGAAGCUCAAUGUAACAUUUUUGAAUUUACGUCAUUUCGCAAGGUGUUAUGGGCUGAAGAGAAGAAAUGACUGUAACUGCAACAGCAACGGUUCGGGCUUUUCCAACUUCUUUCUUCUAUUCCGUGGCGGAUACCACUUGCUUUUUCAUGUGUCAGCGCUUAAACGCUGGUAACUCUAGGUACUUCUCGCCAAAGAACAUGAACUAGCUGGCUGGCUGUCCAUGUGAAAUUUUGAAGAAGGUAUAUGAACUUAACACAUAAACAUCUUAUUUACGUCCUACUGUUCGCCACAGCAUCGGCGGGUGCAGAGUGGAUGUGACGUUAUGGCGUUUGUACGCGUGAGGUCCUUAGUGUUGCCAGCAUUUAGGCGCUGACAUACGUUGUCCUAGCACUUCGCAAAGAUCCAAAGAGGCUAUUCAAUCAAUUGUAAAUAAAAUAGAUUUGUACUUCGAUAUCUGGUCGAAGCGUCGAACUUGAAUUUUAAUUUGUUAGAUAAUUAAUCCUGCCAUCAAGGUUACAGGAACGUCAAAUUUGUCCGUUGAAUUAUAAAUUAAGCAAAAGACCCUGGCUUACUUCCGACAAGUAGUUGAUAUUUUGAACGUAGAACAUGGAUUAUGAAUUUAUGAUCAAGAUUUCUGUUUGUGUUGAAGAAAACACAAAAGUUGGGUUUAUUAUUUGUCUCUCUUUAGCUAAUGUGAAGGUAUAUAGGCAUAGAGAGGGAGAUAGAGAGAAUUUAGUACUUACUAAUCUCUUUUUUCUCUUCAGUAUAAAGUAAAUAAAUAUUCUUUGAAGUAGGAAAUGCAUGGUCCAUGUUCUAUUUUUAACUAUUUUCUAGAUUUAAUGGCAAAAACUAAAAAGGUGAACAAGGUUGGGAAGUUGUGAAUUUUAAGAGAAGAGAUAUAUCGAAUAUUGUCGUCAUGUAGGUACAAAAUUUUAGCUAAUUUGAUGUGUUCAUUGCGAUAAGGUUUGUAAACAUGUAUCGACAUGUAUUUACCAACUUUAAAAUAUAGGAGGUUAUGGCAUCAAUAAUAGGGAAUAUGCGCGUGUUCUUGGUCGUUCUUGAAUUUUAUUUUACAUUGAAGAUGUUGAAUUUACUUUGUUGUAUAUUUUCUGAUAAAUUGUUAAACACGUGAAAACCCCAAGCUUGUGAUCACGAGUAUUGGGGUAGUCAGAGGUAUAUCUAUCGCAAGAUGAUCUAUGAGUACUCAGUUCAUCAACACCUUGAAGUCGCCUCUAUUGAGGACGGAGACAUCUUAGAAGAAUACGGAUGAAAAGGUCCCAGAAUUACUCAAGAAAGAAUGUAAGAUCUACUGAGUCUGGAAUUUAGACUGUCCUCUUUGAAAUUGGAUUCAAUUUAGAAUGGUUAAAGAGAGUUUGGCUACUAUAAUUUUAAGGGUGAAUAUCAAAAUUUCAAGUUUGAUGGCGAAAUUUCAUAUUAUUUUUCGUGAAAAAUUGGGUUCCGACAUGAAAAAGAUCCAAAAGGAUCCUCGGUUUCGGAAUCCAAUUUUUCACGAAAAAAUUAUAUGACAGUUCGCCACCAAACUUGGCACAUUUUGAUAUUCACCCUUAAGCUUAUUCUGCAAAGCCGGUAACUGCAAAACUCACAAUGAAAAUGAAUAUACGUAAUCAACAUUUCAUUAUGAAGUCGUUUUGACAUUAAAAAUAGUCAAUAUUAUCUAAGUAGUUCAAUAUUUAUCCGAAUAUUGUCAAAAGUAGAAGCGUGCACUCAAUUCAAGUUAUAAUCACGUAGAAAAAAUGUAAAAAAGAAUUUCAUCGAUAUAUUUUUGUCUAUGGUAGUGAGCCUUGAAGAAUUAUAGACGGGGAGUUGUCUUUAGGCUAGCUGCACACUACAUUAAAAGGUUACCUACAUUUAAAAUUGUAGAGUAAAGUGACAGCCGUGAUAGCCCAGUUGGUAGAACGCUUGCCUCUCACUUUGAGGUCGCAGGUUCGAAUCCAGCACAGGCCUAAACCAAUAAUUGUCGAAUUUGUUUUCGAAUUCAUGUUUGGGUAAAUGAUUAUCACGGGCUCAGCGGUAAGGAAAAACGUCGUGAGGAGACCCACAUUCCCGAGAAAUGCAUUUUCGGAGGUAUGUGACUUAACCUGUAUUGGGCUGGUUUUCCCUUCGCAGGUUGGAAGGUCAGACAGGCAGUCGCUUCUGUGAAAAACCGGACCUGUCAAAUCUUCAGGUUAGGUAAACGGUCCCUGUGUAAAACGGGAUAAUGCUAGGAGGAUGACGAGCUUGAAGUGAGUAGUCACUGCCGCACAUUCAAAAGAAAAAAAUUAUGUCUAUAAAGGCGUACCAAAACUGUCACACAAAUAACAUAAUACGAACCGAUUGUUCAUGAACUUCGGUAGACGGAAACGCGUGCGCUUGACAACUCCCGUCUAUAAUUUGUCUUGAGUAGUGAGCUAAUUUUCUAUAAAUGGCGACCGUUUAAGUAAAGUCAUGAGCAAUAUCAUGUACCCACUUUAGAACCCUGUCGCACUAUCAUAUUUGACAUUUAAUGAGACUAACGGUUUAAUUUGUCAAAAAAGUUAAUGUGACAUGGUUUCAAAGUGUAUACAUAUUAGUACUCGAGACCGUACGUUGCCAAAUGAUUUUAUUGCUGAAACUAAUUUUAUAAAAAUAGGUAAUCAAUUUUACUAUUUAUUAAUCUGGAAACACUGUGAGUGAUUUGACAUUUCGUUGAAUUAUGUUGUGUGUUAUGCGACCAUUACAGUUUAAUUUGUGAAAAAAGUUAAUGUGACAUGGUACUAAAGUGCACUUGGUUCUAAAGUGCACUUGGUACUAAAGUGCACUUGGUACUAAAGUGCACUUGGUACUAAAGUGCACUUGGUACUAAAGUGCACUUGGUACUAAAGUGCACUUGGUUCUAAAGUGCACUUGGUUCUAAAGUGCACAUGGUACUAAAGUGCACAUGGUUCUAAAGUGCACAUGGUACUAAAGUGCACAUGAUACUAAAGUGGACAUGGUACUAACGUGUUCAUGCACGUGACCGUACAAACAAACAGGUACAAUGCUAAACUUCGAAAAACUGUGGGAGUGAGCACACUGGGCUGGUUGACCGUCAUGGACAGGUGUACGUAAGUGUACGAAAGAGCCGAAUUCGUACUAAUGCGCAUCGAAAGUGAGCGCGGCCUUAUUUGAUCGUGUAGUCUAAGGCAUUCUUCCUAUAUAAAUAUAAAUAUUUUUCUUCUAUAUACGUAGCUAAUUAUACAGUAAUUUUAAUGGUAAAGGACAAUUUCUGUAAUAUAGAAUUGAUGACACUUGUCCUGCUGUCGAUGAGGAAGCGAUUUGAGUGGACUGUUCACAUUGCUGUCGAGAAUUCUCUCCACUAUUUUGUCUCGGCGACAAGAACGAUUAAAGAAAGUAUCGAUCAGCAAAGAUACCUUGGCGAUUAAAAAACUGAACACUCAGCACGUAGCCUCAUGUAUAGUGUAUAGUCCUAACUUAGCGAUGCCACAGUAGGUUGUACAGAAUUUAUUUAAAUAUUACGUACAAAGUGUACAGGAGUAUAUUUUUUAUAGUGUAUUUAUUGCCAAUUAUACUCUACUGUUGAUCUGUU